AUGUCUGAAGGAAAAGUUAUUGGCAUCGAUUUGGGAACGUCAUACUCCUGUGUCGGUGUUUGGCAAAAUGACAGAGUUGAAAUUAUUGCCAAUGAUCAGGGUAAUCGAACAACGCCUUCAUAUGUUGCUUUUACUGAAACGGAACGGCUUUUUGGAAAUGCUGCUGAAAUCAAGUUGCAUUUGCCCUUUAAAGUCGUUGAUAAGAAUGGCAAACCAUAUAUUCGAGUCGAAAUCAAAGGCAAAGCUAAGGAUUUCACACCCGAAGAAAUUUCUUCUAUGAUAUUGAUAAAGAUGAAGGAAAUUGCAGAAGCUUAUCUCGGUACAAAAGUUAAUAGUGCUGUAAUUAGUUCACCAGCAUGCUUUAAUAACGCUCAACGUCAAGCUAUAAGAGAUGCAAGUGAAAUUGCCGGUUUAAAUGUACCUCGUAUAAUUAAUGAGGCAACUUUAGCAGCUAUUGCUUAUGGUUUAGAUAAAAAUGUUUGUGGUGAACGAAACGUUCUUAUUUAUGAUUUAGGUGGUGGUUCUUUAGAUGUUUCCCUCCUAAAUAUUGAAGGUGGAAUUUUGGAAGUAAAGGCUGUUAAUGGUUACACGCAUCUUGGUGGUGAAGAUUUCGACCAUCGUAUUGUAAAUUUUUUCGUACGACAAUUCAAACGCAGAUUUAAGAAAGACCUUAUAACGAAUGAACGAGCACUCUCUCGUUUAAGAAUUGCUUGUGAACGUGCAAAACGUCAACUUUCAUCAUCAUUAAAUGCUACCAUAGAAAUAGAUUCUCUCUUCGAGGGUAUCGAUUAUUAUACCUAUUUAACACGUGCAAAAUUUGAGGAAUUGAAUCAAAGCAUAUUCCAAGCUACAAUUAAACCCAUUGAAAAAGUACUCCGAGAUUUUAGGAUCGACAAAAGUCAAGUUCACGAAAUUGUUCUAGUUGGUGGUUCAUCACACAUUCCUAAAAUUCAAAAUAUGGUAUCAGAGUUCUUUAAUGGUAAAGAAUUAAAUAAAUCCAUUAAUCCUGAUGAAGCAAUAGCAUACGGUGCUGCAGUUCAAGCUGGUAUUUUAUCUGGUGAUACUUCUGGAAAGACUAAAGACUUAAUGUUACUCGAUGUUGCUGCUUUAUCUCUCGGCAUUGAAACCGCCGGUGGUGUCAUGAAAACGCUUAUUAAGCGUAAUACUACAGUCCCUACUAUUAAAUCUGAAAUUUUCUCCACACAUGAUGACAAUCAACCAAGAGUAUUGAUCAAAGUUUAUGAAGGCGAACGUUCGCGUUCUGAAGAUAACAACUUGCUUGGUAAAUUUGAAUUGACUGGAAUUCCACCAGCACCAAGAGGUGUUCCACAAAUCAAAGUCACCUUUGAUAUUAAUCAAAAUGGUAUCUUGAACGUAUCCGCUGUAAAUAUAACAACUGGAAAAUCUAAUAAAGUAACCAUUACAGAAGAAACUUUUCGAUUGUCAAGGAAUGAAAUCGAAUGUAUGGUUGCUGAAGCCAAGAGAUUUCGUGAAAAUGAUGAGAAAGUUGCACAAUCAAUACAAGCACGAAAUCGAUUGGAAAGUUAUGCAUAUAACUUGCGUAAUAUAUUUCAGGACGAGAAAGUUACCGGUAAAUUAAACCUAGCAGAUAAGAAAAGACUUGAUGAUAAUAUUCAAGAAUCAAUUGUAUGGCUUGAUAAUAAUAAAGGUGCAGAGAAAGAUGAAUAUGAUAAUAGGCAGAAAUCACUUAAGAAUUUUGCCAACUCAAUUAUGAUGAGGCAUUAUGGUGACGCUAGUGCCGAAGAAGACGGGAUACAAGUAUUUCAACUGAAUGAAUUGCAGAAAGCAUUGAAAG